CUGGCCCCAGUCUGUCCGGCCUCAGCCAGAGCCUUUCCUCUGUCCCACAAAAGCUGUCUCAGUUUCCUAGACGAACUCAGGAGUGCUUCCUAAACAUCCGUAACCGCCUCAACAGCCUUAUGCCACAAGAUGCCUAAGAAACAACAACAGCAGAAACAAACGCAAAACAACAUGCAGCCGGACUUAGAACUCAACCACCUCAUGCACCACUCGCCUCUCCCUCCCCCUUAUCAUCCUCCCCUAAGGUCUCGCUCCCCUUCUCCUUCCUCACCUAGCGGUAGCACCCUCGAGCUACCCAAUGUGCCCUCCUAUCCACGCCUGCCUCCCAUUGCCAGCCCGCCAUCGAAGCAGCUCUACCCGCUGCCCCGGCAGCUGUCUGGGCUCUCUAAUCCGGCCUUCUUCAUUGAAGAUGACUCAGAGAGCUCUGGCCUCCGUCCGGCUGUAAACGUAGAAGACGUCGACCACCAGAAAACAGGAGGAGGAGAAGAGAAGAGCAACACGUCCCAAAUCCUCACCCCUCAGGACCCCAAAGUGACGACUCUGACUGUCCCUUUGGCCCCGGCAGGAGGGCGUCAGAGUAAAGGAGAUAAAGACAGUGGGAGGAACCGAAGGAGCAUCUGGACAAAGAUCAAACGAGCACGUUCUCAGAGUGAAGAUGAUGAUGAAGAAGUAAGCAUCCCAGUCAGAGCCUGGCCCAGUCAGUCCAGUCUGCAGAGCUCAGACGACAUGUUAAGAGAGCGUCCAGCCUCUGCUGCCAGUCAGACCAGUGCAGUGGUCAAUGAACGACUUCAGGAGCUGGUCAGGAUGUUUAAAGAGAGAACAGAGAAGGCCAAGGAGAAACUUAUUGACCCAGACAGCUCCGAUGAAGAAAGCAUCAUUACCUCUCCCCCUCAGCCCGCCCCUGAAGCUGCACUCAUGGAUGAAGAAGAGGAAGGUAUCAGAGGAGAUUCAUCAGUUGGUGAGGAAGAAAGAGGAGGGAUGGGGAGCAGGGAAGAUGAGGAGACGUCUGGAGGCCCCAGCAAGGUGAAAACCACUCCCCGAUGGAUCCAGGCCUGUUUGCACCUCCGAUUCCCUGCCAGCAUCGACCCCUUUACCAACCUAAUGUAUGUGCUCUGGAUGUUCCUGGUUUCUCUGGCCUGGAACUGGAACGUUUGGCUCAUCCCAGUCCGCUGGGCCUUCCCCUAUCAGACUCCUGGUAAUAUCUACUACUGGCUGGUGACCGACUACCUGUGUGACCUUAUUUACAUCUUGGACAUCACAGUUUUCCAGCCACGCCUGCAGUUUGUUCGUGGAGGAGACAUAGUGUGUGACAAGAAAGAAAUGAGAAAGAAUUACAUGAAAACCAAGCGCUUCAAGUUUGAUGUAGCCAGCCUUGUUCCACUGGAGCUUUUUUAUUUUAAAACUGGCAUCAACCCUCUGCUGCGUCUACCACGCCUGCUGAAAAUAAACUCCUUCUUUGAGUUCAAUGAGCGUCUGGAGGCCAUCUUGACCAAAGCCUACAUUUACAGGGUGAUCCGAACAACUACAUAUCUCCUCUACUGUCUUCACUGCAACGCCUGUCUCUACCACUGGGCGUCCUCCUACAUCGGAUUGGGCUCCACCCAGUGGGUGUACAAUGGUGUCGGCAACAGUUAUAUUCGAUGUUACUACUUUGCUGUGAAAACUCUGAUCACCAUCGGAGGCCUGCCAGAUCCCUCCUCGCUGUUUGAGAUCGUCUUCCAGCUCAUUAACUAUUUUGUUGGAGUCUUUGUCUUCUCCAUCAUGAUUGGUCAGAUGCGGGACGUUGUUGGCGCGGCCACAGCGGCUCAGACCUACUACCGCACCUGUAUGGACAAUACCAUUAAAUACAUGACGUCUUAUCGCAUACCAAAAGAAGUCCAGAACCGUGUCAAAACCUGGUAUAAUUACACUUGGCAGUCACAAGGGAUGCUGGAUGAACAGGAGCUUCUGACCCAGCUGCCGGAUAAAAUGCGCCUGGAUAUCGCCGUAGAUGUCAACUACUCCAUUGUGAGCAAAGUCCCUCUCUUCCAGGGUUGUGAUAGACAAAUGAUUUUUGACAUGCUGAAAAGCCUGCGAUCUGUUGUCUACCUGCCUGGAGAUUAUGUCUGCAAGAAGGGCGAGGUGGGUCGAGAGAUGUACAUCAUAAAAGCAGGGGAGGUGCAGGUUGUUGGAGGACCUGAUGAGAGGACAGUGUUUGCCACCCUCAGAGCAGGAUCCGUCUUUGGAGAGAUAAGUUUACUUGCAGUGGGUGGAGUCAACAGGCGCACAGCCAACGUGAUUUCUCAUGGAUUCGCAAACCUUUUCAUCCUCGACAAGAAAGACCUGAAUGAGAUCCUGGUCCACUACCCUGAGUCGAAGAAACUGCUGCGCAAGAAAGCCAGGAAGAUGCUCAAUAAAGGGAAAAAGCCUGAACCCAAAGAAGAGCCUAAGGAAGUGGUUCAGGUACCAGCAGCUCCAGUCAGGCCGGAGACUCCCAAACUGCUCCGAGCAGCUCUUGAGAUGACGGAGAGAUCAUCAGGACUAAAAGGGGCUCUGGCUAAAGUCAAAGAGAAGACCAGCAAAUCCAGUAUAUCUCUACAGCAAUCUUUGUCCGCCUCUUUACGUCCUCCAUCUGCUGCUCUUGGCUCUGGACCUGAACGGGAGGUGGACACACCGACAUCCAUCUCUGCUAGCUCUAUGACACUUCACUCAACUCCUUAUAGUUGCAACCCAGAAGAUCUUCCUCCUGCAGAGUUCCACAGUGACGCAGUCAAAAAGGAUGGUAGUGAGGAUGAGUGGGAUGAAAUGGAGGACAGGAAGGAGAAGAGGAUAUAAAAGUGGUUCUGGAAAAACUGAAGGUUUCAGAUGUUUCUGCAGUCCUACCUUAACAGGUGCAGAGGAGAAAAAAGGUUAGUGACCCCCAACAGGUGAUGCAGGGAAAUAAAUGAUUCAGAUUUCCUUGUCGAUUGUUAACUUCUUACAGGUUAGUAUCUUUAAGUCGAAUCCUCCUCUUUUUACAGAAAUAAGGAUCUUGUCUUUCUGCAGAAGAUCAUUGUUUUGUUGUUGUUUCCUAAAAGUUUACAGGUUCCAUUGAGAUCUCUUAAAGAACAUCUUGCCUUAUUUUUUUACUGACUGAACAUAUAUCAGAUCUCCCUGCUGAGCGUUCACUCAGAUGAAAUCUGGUUUAGUCAAUGUGAGACACUGCUGUAUCUCAUCUACUUAUUUUAGAUUAGAACUAUGAUAAUACCAAUAAUAUCAACAUGCUGUAAAGUAAACUGUAAAUAUCAUAAAAUGGUCAUUAUCAAAUAUCUGACUCACUAGGUUCUAAGGAUUUUAUUUACAUUUUUACUUUGAAUAUUUUAAUUUUAUAUAAAUUUGUUUUACACUGAAAUGUAGAAAAAAAAAACGUGUUUAUAUUCCCGACUUUAUAAACGA